GACGCCGCAGCUGUGACGAGCCGCAGCGAGCAAGAGCAACAGGGUCGCGAGCGCGCUGCACACAACAUGGAGGCGUCCCGGCUCGGUGCUUAGCUCCUGCGAUGGUUUCCCGGUGAACUGGACCGAGCACGACGCGGUGUGGUACUGUGACCCCCCCUCUCCCCCAUCAUGCUGAGUUUCCUGCGCAGGACGCUGGGGCGACGCUCCAUCCGGAAGCAUGCAGAGAAAGCCCGGUUACGAGAGGCCCAGCGAGCCAUCACACACAUCCCUGCUGCCGGGGACGCCAAGUCCAUCAUCACCUGCCGCGUGUCCUUACUGGACGGGACGGACGUCAGUGUUGAGCUGCCGAAAAAAGCCAAAGGUGAGGAGCUGUUUGACCAGAUCAUGUAUCAUCUGGACAUCGUAGAGAAAGACUACUUCGGACUGCGCUUCAUGGACUCCGCACAAGUGCCGCAUUGGCUCGAUGUUACGAAAAGUAUAAAAAAGCAAGUGAAAAUCGGUCCACCAUACUGCCUUCACUUGAGGGUGAAGUUUUACUCUUCAGAACCCAACAACCUGCAUGAGGAGCUCACCAGAUACCUAUUUGUGUUACAAUUGAAGCAAGACAUCCUCAGUGGCAAGCUCGAAUGUUCCUUUGAAACAGCGGUGGAGUUGGCUUCCUUCUCGUUACAGGCUGAGCUAGGCGACUGUGACCCAUUAGAACACAAUGCUGACCUGGUGACAGAAUUUCGCUUCGUCCCUAACCAAACAGAGGACGUGGAGCUGGCUAUAUUUAAUGCAUGGAAAGAGUGCAGAGGUCAGACUCCGGCCCAGGCGGAGAUCAACUACCUGAACAAAGCAAAGUGGCUUGAAAUGUAUGGAGUGGACAUGCACAUGGUCCAAGCGAGAGAUGGUAAUGAGUACAGUCUUGGUCUGACACCCACUGGAGUUCUGGUGUUUGAAGGAGAAACAAAGAUCGGCCUCUUCUUCUGGCCCAAAAUCACCCGACUAGAUUUCAAGAAGAGCAAACUGACACUUGUGGUUGUGGAGGAUGACGAACAGGGUAAAGAGCAGGAGCACACCUUUGUCUUCAGGAUGGAUCAUCCCAAGGCCUGCAAGCACCUGUGGAAGUGCGCCGUAGAGCACCAUGCUUUCUUCAGGCUCAGAGGGCCAGUGCAGAAGAACUCCGCGAGCUCCGGGUUCAUCCGCAUGGGCUCACGCUUCAGAUACAGUGGAAAAACCGAGUAUCAGACGACCAAGGGCAACAAAGCGAGGCGGUCAGCCUCCUUUGAGAGGCGGCCUAGUCGACGUUACUCAAGGAGAACCAUGCAGCUCAGAGGUCAUGGAGGUCAGGACAACCCUCGUAGACCAUUCAACACACAGGAAGCUCUUUCCUCAGGCAACGGAGUCAGCUCCAGCAAAGAGAACAAGGCUCCUACCAGAAGUGCAUGGUCUAGUGUGCCUGUGGUCACCCCAGUGGCUGCUUCUGUCUGUGGACCAAUGGAAAUCGAGUCCCUGCCCAGGAGUCCUGGAGUAGAGAAAAGGAGUGGGCCUGUGGUUGCUGACCUGAUGGAGACCUGCAUUGAUGAUGUCCUCGGGGCUCCCGUUGUUCCCACGGUGACGGCCACAGAGGAGGCGGGACCAAGCAAUGCCUACGCUGCUGCCGCCAGCGUUGCGGCAGAGGAUCCACUCAGCCUCGCUGAAGCAGCAGCUCGUCUGAAGCAGCUGGAGCUGGAGAGCAGUCCAGUUCUUGUUCCACUGAGAAACAACGUCAACGUCAAUUUGGCCAUGAACAACCAGGAGGACGUGUUGAAGCUCACAGAGAAGUGUGGCCUGAGCAGCGCAGGCAGCAGUCCUGUUGUGACUCCACUGCGCCUCCCAGAGGAUCUGAAGAGUAACAUCCUGAAAGCACAAGCUGAGGCUGCUGCCCUGAAGGGGCCUGUGGAGGAACACGUGGUUGGAGAUAAAAACUGUAACUUGCAGGAAGCUUCUGCCAGGUUGAAUGUGGGCUCAGGGCGACUGGGCAGUAACUCGUCUCUCUCCGUCAGCAGCCGCCCUGACACCCAGGACUCGUGGGACCUGCUGAAGCCAGCUGCACUGGUCUCGUCAGCAGGAGCCAGUGUCGAGAGGUUAGCUGAAGAUUUAAUCCCCUCCGUUCCCAAGAUACCGUCAGAGUCCGCCAGUGAAGGCUCAGCUCCAAAGGUUAAAGCAGAGGAAGUAGACCUGACCAACGCUGCGCCGCUAUCUGACAACCUGAUCGACUUCAGCGAUCCAACUCCUGCACUCCCACUAGUGCAGCAGCCAAAACCCGUCAUCACGCCUCGCUGGAUCAUUCCAACAACUGCUCAUCCCGGCGUCUUUACUAACGGCCUGCUCGACCUUGACCCCCAUGCUAAGGUCACCCCUCUUCUCCCUGCAGACGGGGGAGCGGCUCUUACCCCAGCCCUCCCCCACCUCGCUCACACACGUAACACCAACUCUGCCAGCAUUGGGGGUCAACCGCCAGCCUCGGACGAUGCGGCAAAACCCAGAGGUCUCCUGACCACUGAGCUCUGAUGAGGAAACGAGGAGACGGCCUUCAUCUGCCUGACCGCUCCCCCGUCUCAUCCCAUCACCCCCCCCACACACACACACACACACACACACACCCACAGGACAGCUGGAGCGGGUGAACACUGUGGGCUGAGAGGACUACAGGAAGCAGGAGGCAGCUGACCACGGUGUCCAGAACCUACACUGACACAACGUUCAGUUUUGUAAAACUGAUUAACACAACAUUUAGCAGCUCUGUUAGCGACCUGCCGUUUACUGUGAUCCAUCCACCAGCACCUCUUCCCUGUAGAGUUUAAAUCCUCUCAGCCUGAAAGGUACAUUGUAUAGAAGCACCAGCCACUGGCUUGUAUCGUGGAGGGGAGGUUGCCUCUUCUAGAGCUGCUCCUCCAUCCCUCCUCUCUUGUUUUAAACCACUGGAUCCCGGCUCUGAGCUGCUGCGUUACACUGGAUACAGGACUGAAAAGACACGUCUCUUCAAAAAAAAAAAAAAAGAAAUGUUGACUCUAAGAGAUGAAGCAGCACCUGGGCUGCUCACAUGAUGAAACACGUGGAUAUGAUGCUGUACUGAACUUGUAGCACACUACAAUAUCAUUUUUUUCCCCUUUUUGAAACCCAGACAAUUCUACAUGUGAAACUUUCGACUGGAUACAAAAAUUGCGGCAACACUGGACCUUGAAAGAAUUCUUGGACGAAGAUGAUGAUGAUCAACUUUUUUUUCUUUUUUACCCUGCUCUUAAAUGUGUCUAUUUUUGCUGUUUUUAUGUGACAUCUGCACAUGUUGGUUCCGGCGUUACGAGGGAACCAACAUCUCAAACUCCCCUCAUGGGUUUUUAAUAUGAAGUUUCAACAUUUUGUCCUAUAAUUUAGUUUUCCUCUUCAAAACACUUUCUCUCAUGACUGGAUUUUUUUAUUCCCACACAUUAGUGUUAAACGUAAAUGCAACAUGUCCUUGCUGGAUUACAUCGUGGACAGUGUGUCCAAGGUUUGAGUCGUCUUCUGUUAAUAACUGAGUUCACUAGACAGUAUCUCCAUCCUUUUAUAGAUGGUGACUUUACAGUAUCAUGUGGAACCCAGAUUAGCUAUUACCCUGCCUUAUGUAAAUGAGCGUUUUCAAAAUGUGUCAUCUUAUCAAUGCUUGAGAUGCAAUAGAACACAUCUAUCACUUUCUGAUGCUGAUACGUUGAAAACCUGGAGGAGAAGUUUUGUACAUGUGGGUAAUUGAGGCCUAAUUCUACACAUUGUUAAUGACGUCUGUCACACUGACUCCUAAAUGGUAGCGUUGUAGCAUUUCUAAGAAAACAACCACAUGGGUCACGUGAGUGUGGACCCUCGUUCAAGGUGUCUGUAGUGUUUGUUAGUGCGAUGUUAUGACUCCAUUGAGGGAAGCAGACUCUCUGACACUGUCUUCUUAGCCAUGACAGUUAUUUAUGCUACUACUUCCCUGUCAUUGUUCGAAUAUUACGUGUUGUCCACAAGUGUUGUAGCGCUCAGUUGCAAUGUAUUGUCGGUGUAAUGGCGCCACCUGGCUGUAGAUAUGAAGUAGACCUAUAUAUAUUUUUAUUUUUCUGAAAAUGACGUUGGAAGUAUUGUUACUACGUGUUAAGGAGAAUUUCAGCAUCGAGGUGUUUUCUAAUUUCAAAAGAAGUAUGAACUGUGUUACUGAUCAAACUGAAUAGGGGGGAGGCACAGUGUGACAUCUCAAAUGCAUUUUUAUAUAAACUUUUAUUGUAUAUUUUUUUUCUUGGAAUACCUUCAUCAUCUUUCAGUAAAGCUUUGCUACAG